AUGCGCCAGCAGCCCCAAGAAAAGAAAACCAUCCACCCGGCAUUCGAACCCACCGGUCUGCCUGCCAGCCUGCCAGCCUGCCCCGUCUGUGGCGGCGCCGUCUUGCUUUCUGCUUUGGACCGGGCCCCUCCCUCGCAACAAACGUGCACGGUCGUUUCGGCUGUUGCCCUUGUGCUGGUGUUUCUGUUCCUGUCGCUGCUGUUGCCGCCGCUGCUGCUGCUGCUGCUACUGUCUCUCCUACUGCUGGUUCCGUGGUUCGCCCAUUGGCAGAUUUCCGAUCGAGACACCCUUCAAUCGAGCUCCAACGCCCACACCCACACUCCAGAGGAACCCGACUCGCCUCCCUGCUUUUUCUGA